AUGCACACGUUUAAGCUUCUCCUCGUCGCAACCGCCGCCCUGCAGGCCGCCGCCCAGACUCGAAUCCCAACCGAGACCGGCGUCAUCUCAGAACCUCCUUUAGAGAGCCUCGGUAUUGGCACAGCAUGCGCGACCAUUGUAUCGUCGUUCGCCGCCGACGCGACCGACGCCCCCGUCCCCGACAGGUCCAUCUCCAACAUUGCUAUGGCCUUUGCACUAGGCCGCAUGUAUAACACCGAAGACCCUUGUAAGCUCCCAAGCAUCACGGAGCGCGACUCGGCCAGCGCUUUUACAGCAUGGGCAUCUAGCUACACCGAGUGGCAGAGUGGCCAGAUCCCCGAUUACCGACAGGUGUGGACAGCAUGCAGUGAUGAGCCACUGGUUUCAGAGAUUAUACCUAUUGGAUCGAGUGUGUGCAGUAGUCUCGCUGCUGAGAUUACAGGGGGUUCUGGGUCGAACAAUGAUGGGGACAACGAUGAGGAUGACGAUAAUGAGGAUAGCGGCAGUGAUGGGGAUAGACGCGACUCCAAUGAUGACAGCAAUGAUUCGAACAGCAAUGAUGAUGGGAACACUGGCUUUCAGCAAGCAGUACCUGUCUUGUCGGCUGCUGUGGUGGCUGGCCUCAUCAUUCUUGGCCUGUAUUGA